GCUAAUUUGGCAAGCCGGCCAGCAUGCUGCGCCGUUGCUGACGGAUCCCUGGCGCCUCGCUCCCCGCUGCCCUGCCCUGCCAUCGGUUCUGCAGCCUUUUCAAAAAGGCCCGGAGGGCUCUGUCGAGCACCUGGGGGACCUAGCCGCCGCUUGGGGAUGGCGAGGUCCAUCUCCUGCGCAAGACUUCUCCAGUAACUCUGUCCUGCGCUUGGCGCGGAACCUGCCCUCCGGUGCCAUCAUGGUGGAUGCAGGGGUCUUCGAUGGCACAGACUGGUCCUUGAUGGGCAUCCUCGCCGGGGCCACGGUGAUCGGUUUCGAGCCUUUGCGGGAGAACCGGAAGUUGGUGGCGGAGCGGCUGCCGGCCGCCCUGCAACAGGAGGGCUACGAGAAGGACCUCCAUGCUGCCUUCAGCUUCCUGACCGUGGCACCGGGGGAGCCGGUGCCGCGGACGCCGUGGUUGCAGAUCGCUCCAGUCGGUAGCCGACAAAGGAUCGGCCACAGCUACAUCUUCACGGCCGGCUUGGGGGAGCGAGUUCGCUCCCUGAACAUGACGGUCCGGUACGACUACAGCAGUAUAGCGGACCAGGGCUACCUGAAGGGCCCGCCCAACAUGGAGGAUGAGGAGGUCGGUUUGACGACGUUGGAUGAGAUCAUCGGCUCCUACCUCAGCGACGUCCAUACAGUGGAGCUGCUGAAGCUGGACGUUGAAGGCUACGAGAUGGGUGCGCUGCGUGGCGCGGAGUGGCUUCUCUCGGAAG